UCUUCCUCCAAUCCCUGUCCGAGGAGGAGGGGGAGGGGAGAGAGAGAGAGGGGGAGGGGGUCAUAAUCCAAGAUGGCCGCCCCUCCCCUUUCCCAUUGACAUCUACCCACCAACCCAACACAGGGAGGGCUCAUGGACAAUAUAUGCCUCAUUACUCUUCCCCAAGACCCCAUUUUGGCGUGGUUGACUGAACAGGCCCUGAGGACCUUCAGGAGGCCAGGAUCUGGCUUUUGGGGACUCUUUGAAGACCCCCCCCCCCCCACCUCCCCGCACUCCCAUUCCUUGCAUUCCACUAUCAAACGAUAAAGGGGGAGUAGGGGGCUGCCCCCUUUGCAACUCCCCUUGCACUCUCCCGGAACUCCCACUCCCUCGCCGCACCUGACCGCCAUCAGCCGCUCAGGCCGAGGGGAGCGUCAAGACGGGCGAGCCAGCUGGCAGCUUCCCCGAGAGAGAGAGAGAGUGAGAGAGGCGACUGAGCUCCCCGCGUCUUCAGGGUUUGCGCCGAGGGGAAAGCAGAGACCCUGCGGGGUUUUUUUGUGACUGUGCGCCCCUCCUCAGUUAGUCUCCCGCGGCGCCAAACUGGUCGAUCGCCUGAGCACCGACGAGAGAAAGACAGAGAGAGGCAGUGGCCAGCUCCCUGUGAUAAGUGAGUGGCUGUUGGGCGCUGUCUUCCUUGUGCAAAGCCGUCAAAAUAUACUGAAGGAGAGGAGGAAUAAGAGCGCUCUCAGUCAUUGCCCUGCUUGAACAGACAACCCACGACGCAGUCAUCCUCUGGAUUGUCACGUUGACUAAACUGUUCACCACAGCCCACCGCGGCACACGGUUCUCCCGUCACCAAAAGACUGCCUGGGUUGUUUGCCCGGAUUCUCUUCUGUACGAGCGCAUCUGCGUCUUUGCUGGUCAAACAGGCUGAACUGAAGCCAAGUGGAUUGGAGUGGAUUGUUCAUUUGCUGUUUCAUUUGUCGGAGGAGAGUUUUCGUUUAACUGAUCGGCGGUUUUGCUGGACAGAGAGCAGGAGGGAGUAAGAUGACAAGGAGCCAAGGUGGGAGCGGGCACCAUCCAGUCGUUCUCCACGUGGAAUAGCAACACCGAGCGCUCCCAUUUCGAUCACCGCUUGCCAGCUCUCCACUUGCUACAUUCCAGAGUGUGGAAGGUGUCAUUGGGAAUUGUGAGCUGGGAAUCCCGGAGCGCCUGUGCUUGCUUGCGGACCGGAAGGACGGUGCCAGGCACCCUGCCCUCGGCGAUGGCAGACGCCAAGCAGAGCAGCCAGCAGUGGCCAGAGGAGCAGGUGAACCGGGAGCACGGGCUCUACUCCUUGCACCGGAUGUUCCAGAUUGUGGGCGCACAGCUCACCCACCGCGACGUGCGGGUGCUCUCCUUCCUCUUUGUCGACGUCAUUGAGGACUAUGAGCGUGGCAUGAUCCGGAGCGGGCGUGACUUCUUCCUGGCGCUGGAGCGCCAGGGGCGCUGCGACGAGACCAACUUCCGGCAGGUGCUGCAGCUGCUGCGCAUUAUCACGCGGCACGACCUACUGCCCUACGUUACGCUGAAGCGAAGGAAGACAGGUAAGAGAGAGAGGGGCCGACCGCCUGGGGAGGCAGAGAGGUGGCGCUUGGCAACAGCUCCUAAGCACGCAAGAGGACGCGAGCAGUGUGCCUCAAGUGUGCG